CUUACAUCAUUAUUUUAGAUACCCCAAACUCUCUCUUAUAGUCUUAUAUAUGUUGAUUAUUAAUUAAAAUUGAAAUUACAGUAUUUAUCAAAAUCUCCUGAAUCAAGUGACUGCUGUGUAGAGAUGAUGGUCGUUGCAGCGACUAUAACGGUCCAUAUUUCUUCUUGUACGCACUUCUUGCCGAGUACAUCCCGCCGGCCACAUUUUCUGUCGACUUCUACUUCUGCUCCCGUUUUCAGUAACAGUAAUCAGUACUUCAUCUGCCGGAGGAAUUCGAUAUAUCUCCGAACAUGCUGCUGCUCGGAUUCACGGUCAUCUUCCACGCGUGGUUUUGGCACCAACGAAUCCAAGGUCAAGAAGAAUUCUUCUACCGGCAGAAAGGAUUCUAGAAAACUUCCCUCUCAACAAUCUAGCACCAACCUUACAAAAGCCCCUGUUCUAAAUACAAAGUCAACAAAUAGUGUUUGUGAUAUUCAAUUUGAGGAACGACUGCAAGCAAUUAAAAGGUCAACAUUGGAGCAGAAAAAAGCCGAGGAAGUAAAGCUGUUUGGAGCAAUUGAUUAUGAUACUCCAGUAGAGAUCAAAAGUAGCAGAGUUGGAUUAGGUACUAAGAUUGGAGUAGGAGUCGCAGUUGUGGUCUUUGGGUUGGUUUUUACCCUUGGCGACUUUCUUCCCACUGGAAGUGUUAGUCCCACAAAUGAAGUCACUGCAGCUGGUAAGAAAAUAUCAGAAGAAGAGAAAGCAAAUCUUCAGAAGAGGUUGAAGCAGUUUGAGGACACCCUUGCUACAUCCCCAGAAGAUCCAACAGCCCUUGAAGGAGCAGCUGUGACCUUAGCAGAGCUAGGAGAGUACAAUCGAGCCUCCUCUCUCCUCGAGAAUUUGACUAAGAAGAAGCUCAAUGAUCCUGAUGUUUUUCGGUUGCUCGGAGAGGUUAAGUAUGAACUUAGAGAUUAUGAGGGUAGCGCUGCUGCUUUUAAAAGAUCUGCAUUGGUGUCAAAGUCUACUGAUUUUGAUGUUCUUCGAGGCUUAACAAAUGCACUGAUUGCUGCCAAGAAACCUGAUCAGGCUGUCCAAAUGCUACUGACAUCACGUGAACGCCUGAGUGAAGAAAAAUCAUCUGGUGUUACUGGAUCUGACAUCGAUGACACCAAAUCUAGUCAACAAGUAGAUCCCAUUCAAGUUGACUUGCUUCUUGGGAAAGCCUACUCAGAUUGGGGGCAUGUCAGUGAUGCUUUAGCUGUUUAUGAUAAACUCAUCUCUAGCCACCCCAAUGAUUUUAGGGGCUACCUAGCAAAGGGUAUCAUUCUGAAAGAGAAUGGAAACGUUGGAGAUGCAGAGAGAAUGUUUAUCCAGGCACGAUUCUUUGCACCUGGGAAUGCAAAGACACUUGUCGAUAAAUAUUCAAGGUGAUAUUUGCACCACCUUCGAUCCAUGGAGAUUUGUUUUGGUGACGUCAUCCCCAAACGUUGACUAUAUGAUGCCUUCUCUUGUAAAAAUGUAGACGACAGAUCGCUCCUGAAAUAUUUCUUGGAAUGUGAUCAAAUUGGACUUACAUAACCACACUGAUGUAUCCUUUUGUCAGAAAACAUCUCGUGUGGAUUCGAGACCAAAGUUAGGUUUUUCUUGCUCGCUGACAUUGGCGAGAAUGGUCAAGCUACCCUCGCCUUAUUACUUGUCAGCCAGUUUUAUUGACAAUUAAUGGUCGACCUUUUGACUCCACUUGUUGACCAGUUUUGACUUUUGAUGACUAGUGGCCUACCAUUGAUUGAAUAUCUAGUUGGUGGACGACUAGUUUUGUCACAAAAAAGUGGUGGUUUGUCAAGCAUGGUUUGAGCAUGUUUUUUCAAGUACGACUAUACUAGACUUGGGACGCUUUGUAGAAUAAGCUACUACUGCAUAUUAAUAUACUUAUAUCAAGUCCUCUAAUCAACAAUGGGGACUGAGCUUUUCAGAACUCAACCUAUUAACUCGCCCACCAUUGUUGAUAUUUCAUUAGUGUAGUAGUGAAUUUGUGUUUUUGAACAAUUGUUUCUUCAUUCAACAAUUGUUUCUUCAUUCACUCAUUUCAAGUACAUAUAAUGAUGGUGCCUGAAUGCUAGUUCCAGCGAUCCAAAUGCAGAAAAAUGAGAAUAUAUUCUGUUAUUCCCAGGCGAGCUCUUUUACUUGCGGUUGUACUCCCUAAAGAAUUCAUUUCAUGAGAGGGUGUAGGAUUACUAUCAUAGGUUUCUGGAGAGGUGUUCUCAUAACGUCUAGGUCUGGGAGAAUAAUCUUCUUUUUCCUUAAUGAACUCUACUUUCAGUAUUUAUUGUUGGUGCUGUAAUAUCUUCUUCCAACUCUAAUGUUGGUGCCUGUAAUAUGUUAUUCUGUUUAUGCAAGGUGCAACAAUACAACUGGAGUUGACUACCUUUAUCGGCCUCUUUAAUAGUUUAAUCAAUGCCCCUGUCC